GGUCUAGGGAUGUGACUUUGGGUUUGUUGUGUCUCCUCUGCCCCACGCUGCGCUGACUUCCGUACGGGGCGGGGUGCCGCUGAGUCCGGCGCACUGCGCACCGUAACCAGCUGCUCUCCCUGCACCGUCUGCCGACCCGACUCGACAAAAUGGGUUUAGAGAAGGAGAAACUGGACACCAGCAUAAUUAUGGACGAAGAUGAGUUCAACAGAUCGAUAGAGCCCAUUCUGUCGAAAAAGGGGAAUGUAUAUGCAGCGUCGCCGGACAGAGAUCCAAACGAUAUCAACGCACAUUUGAAGGUGGGUUUUGAAGAUGUCAUCGCGGAGCCCAUUUCCACGCACAGCUUUGACAGAGUGUGGAUUGGAAGCCACGCCGCCUUUGAGCUGGUCAAAUUCAUCUUUUACCGCCUGCUGACUACAUUACUCGCUGUGCCCGUGGCUUUCAUCCUCGGGAUAGUCUUUGGAGUGCUCAGCUGUGUUCACAUCUGGCUGGUGAUGCCCAUGAUCCAGAGCUUCAUGAUGCUCUUACCAUCAGUCCAGGUAGUGUGGAGGAGUCUAACGGGCAUUCUCGUAACACCACUCUUCCACAGUAUGGGAAAGGUCCUGUCCUCCAUUCAAGUUAAGACUACAGAAAACUGAUACUCCGCUGUCCCUGAGGAGAAAGAAAUGUAAGGGUGGACUGAGUCAUUGACAAGAGAGUGAAUGAGACUAAUAGGAUACAUGAGCUCUAAGUGAAAUAUGAAAUAUGAUGUUUAUGCAAAGUAAUAAACUGUAGAUUUUUUUUUUUUAACUUUGGCCAUGAGGGCUGAGUUUGUCAAACAUUCUCUUUACAUAUUACCUGAUCUGCAUAUUCUCACAGCAUGUCAGGUGCACCGUGUGGUUUCAAAUACAGAAAACACACCUGUGUGCAUUCUGAGUCAAAUAACACUGAAAAGAGAAAAUCAGCAAUUUAAGAAACACUACUUGCAGCCACUUAACAAACCCCUCAUAUCUUUACAUAGAGCUCAUGUGUGCCACCAAAAAUGGAGUCGUUUUGCUGAUUGUGACCAAAAAAAGUUUGUCAUUCCAUUACUGUGUGACUGACGGAGUUGUGAAAUCUGUUGUUAUUCAGGCUAACAGGUUUCUGACUUGCUUAAAGAUGUAAUAUUUUUGCUUUUUAUCUAUAUAUAUUGUGUAUAUAUUAUAAAGCAUUCAGCUGGAAGUUGAAUGGAAUGAACUGAAUAGUUUGCUCAAGAGCAGUUUAUUGGAAUAUUAAAUGCUAUGCAGCAGCUUGUUGCACAUUUGCAGCCUUAUUUUACUGUAUCAGCAAUAAUAAUGGGCAUUUGCUUAUGUACGGACUAUACUGAUAUUUAACUAUGUCAUAAGAAGCAUAAUCUGAGAGGGGCCUUUCUAAUUUAUUAUUUAUGGGACAACUAAUUCUUGAUUGACAAACAAGGGUGUCGAAAUACUGUACUACAGUGUGAUAAAGGUAUUCCAUAUUUCAUUCAGCUGAAGCCUUGGCUGAGCUGAGACUAUAGUACAUGCAUUUUUGAUAAGCUGUGUUUGCUGUAGCAUUGCGUCUUAGUAGGCUGGGAUUUGGAAUACUUCUACAGCCAGAAUUAAUGAAAGAGUGAUUUGAUUUUUUUACCUUUUUGUAGUGGUUUUGAUAACAUUUAAUUUUAAAUUAAAACCUCGACAGCACCUACUUGCAAUGAGCUGCACAAGGCAAAGUUUAGACUAUGACAGUGAGAGAAACUGUGUAGCAGUCAGGUUUGAGUGUCAGGUACAUCAUUGUAUGUCUAUUCUGUUUGCUUUUGCAUUGUUCUCUGUCAAGUACAAACCCCACCAUGAUAUAUCCAGUAAAUCCAUUCUCAUUCCCAGAGCAUCAAAAAAAUUCAGUUCUUUAAACCCACUCAUGGCCGAGAGAUCAGCACAAGAUGUCCUUGGGCAAGGCACGUGCUCAUGCCAGUUUCUCACCCUGAGAAAUCUGAGUUUUGUAAUAAAAAUAGUUUACCUGCAUCUUAGUUAGUAUACCUGAGAGACCAAUGGAAGAACAAGCAUUGGAAUUUUCAAAGGGCAGCACAGUGGUACAGUGGUUAGCACUGUUGCCUUGCAGUGAGAGGCUUGAAUUUGCCAGCCAGCUGUGGCCUUUCUGUAUGGGCUUUGCACGUUGUUGUGUCUUCGGGUGCCCAACGUCUUCCCACAGUCCAAAAACAUCUAUGCUGGGUUAGUUGGUGAUUCUAGAUUGGCUGUAGGCUUGAAUAAGUUUGGAUGAUUGUGUCUCUGGCCCUGUGGUGGACUGGUAAUCUAUGCUGGAUGUUCUCUGCCUCUCAACCUGUGACAGCUGGGAUAGGCUCCAGAACCCUGCCACCCUGCAAUGGGUGGAUGGAUGGAUGGAUAGGUUAUCACACUGAAUAUUCAAAAUGGCUUUCAGAGUUUUGCAUCAGCUCUCAUACAACUGCAAGAUUAGGAUCCCAACUGAGGAAACACUAGGUCAUUUGUUGCCAUUUGGAUUGAUCUUCAGAGCUUUAGUGUUCUUGACUUUCUGAAAGGCUCAAGAUAUGGAUCUCGUUUGUAGCCUCAGCACAUCUUACACCACCAAAGCAUGCACAGUUGGGGAUACAUCCCCUUUGCAUAUCCUCUGUUUGGCACCCUGGGAUAAGAAAGUGUACAUUUUUAUUUGGUUGGUUUUACUCUUUGGGAUAUGAAGAACUUGACAGCAGGCUAAAACACCUGUAUACCUCUCGGAUGCUGUAUUAGCUCAUUGUGCCCGAUGUUAUAAACAGUUGCUACAGCCAGCUUACACUGAGCAACAUUUGCAUUCAUUUGAAUUUCUGCAGUCCUUUGUAUUCUUGUAAGAAAUAUCUGAAUCUUUACUAGAUGCCUUACUUUCAUUAUAAGCUAGAUGCUAGCUGUGUGGUUUGUUGUUAGGGAGAGUAAAAUGGGGUUGGUCAGAAAUGGACACACGACCCAAAAAGUCUCAUUUCAGCUGGCAUUUUAGAAUGCAAUUAAGUUUAUAAGAAAUGACCAUCCAGAUUUUCCAAAGACAAUAAAACACGUGAAAUAAAAGCUACAUUGGCGUUUGGCAGUUUAUAAUAAAUAACCACGUAGCAUUAAUCCACAGUAUUUCAUCUCUGCUUUUAAUUCUGAUGCAGUUUAUACAGUAUAUUCUUCUUAGACAAAAAGAACAUAAUACUGCAUGAUAUCCACCUAUCAGUAAAAUAAAACUACUUUCAUCGGUAUGAUGCUACUUUUAUGAGUUUGGUUUUCAUUUUUGUGACUGUCGCAUUUUGAAACACUGACUUUAAAAGAGCAAAUGUCUCCUUCGUGACCAAAAUAAAGAUCUUUUUUUUUCCUCAA